AUAUAUAAUAUUUAAGGUCUAUUGGCUAAGUUAUUACUUAUAAUUAUUUUGUUUCCACUAGUUUCCAGCAGUUGUUACUUGUUACAGUUACCUCGUCUAGUCGUAGGUCGUUUUUGUUCACUAAUAAUUAACUCCUAAAUUUUAUUUCGCACGUCUGAUUCUGUUUAUGGUGAUAACUAUUAAUAAUGCAUUAUUAAACCUCUUAAGUUGUAACAUUAAUCUCACGUUCUCAAAAGUGUUUUCAACUACAUAAAUAAUUAUGAUGGCGAAACAUUUUUGUUGGAGUUUAUCUUUUGUUUUUCUUACAAUCUCCACAGUGUCUCCUCACGAAGAAUAUUUUUAUAAGACCUCCACUCACGAUAAGACUUUUUUAGACACAGAUAUAAUUACACUUCCAAAUGUACGAAUCAAAAGAUUAGCUGAAUCUAUUAUUAAUACUAAUACUACUGCUCAACAAAAACAUAUUUCUUUUCAAGCAAUCAUAGACAAAAACAAUGGAACAAAACAAACAAAACAAGAAACUAACCCAUCAAACACUUCACUUUUAAUUAAUGAUUCUGAUAAAGUAUUUGGAAAAAAUUUAACUACAGUGACACACGAACCUCCAGUUCAAACGAGUUCAGACAAUAUAAGUUAUAUAGGAACAUCCACACCUUUACCUCUGCCAGUUGAUUUAGAUUUUCCUUUAAUCACCAAUGAAACACUUAAAAAUCAUAAUAUAACAAAAUCAAAAAAUGAUUCUCAUAUAUACUACAAUAGUACAACAAUUAACAAUAUGAAGGUAUUUAAUGAUUAUUGGGUUGAUUUGGUGAAUCAUCCUGAUGCAAAUAUACAUGAAAUGUUAUCAGAUUCUCAUCGCAGAGCUGCAACAAUCAACUUGAAGUUUCAGUUUCCUUUCUAUGGACAUCUAUUAAACUCAACUACAAUUGCAACUGGAGGUUUUUUGUAUUUAGGAGAAUACAUUCAUUCGUGGUUAGCAGCUACUCAAUACAUAGCACCGUUAAUGGCCAAUUUUGAUUUAAGUUCAUCAAACUAUUCAAGCAUUUAUUACUUGGAAAAUGAUACUGCAUUAACAGUUACUUGGCAUAAUGCCACUUUACAAGAUAAACCCAAAGUUGGAGGAUUUACUUUUCAAACAACUUUACAUUCAAACGGAAACAUUGUAUUUGCUUACAAAAAUGUACCAUCUAAAAUCAAAGAAAUUGAUUCUACAAAUCAUCCAGUGAAAAUUGGAUUAUCAGAUGCAUAUGUAUUAGACAAAACAAUAUUUUUUGUGAGAAGAAAAACUAUUUAUGAAUAUCAUAGAGUUACAUUUCAUGAGGAUGAAAUAACAAAUGGAACUGUUAUAAUUUUAACUGCAUUGCCAACAUGUCUAGAAAAGAAAAAUUGUACUAGUUGUAUUAAAAAAGACACAAAUUUCCAAUGUUUCUGGUGUGACAACCGAUGUUCUUCUGGAGUUGAUCGUAAUCGCCAAGAUUGGUACCAGAAAGACUGUGAGAAAUUGAAGCUUGUUAAUGAAGAUAUGUGCACAUCUGGAGUAACAACUGUUACUCCUCCCACUAUUGAUAAUUCCAGUGUUGAAUCAUCUAUUAAAUCUGAAUCUCACACAAACUCUUCAUCUUCUAGUACAAGUUUAUUCUUCAUUGCAUUGUGUGUAUCAUUGACUUUAAUGUCCUUAGUGUGGAUAUUUUACGCAUAUUUAAAUCCACAUACACGAUCUGGACAAAUGCUAAUAAGAUAUCGACCAAAUCAGUGGGGUUGGAGAAAAGGAGAAGCUCGCUAUACAGCUGCUACUAUUCAUAUGUAAAAUGCAAUAACUAAUGACAUCAUCCAAAUAAUUGAUAACGGAAAGUGUUGGUAAUUUAUUGGUUGAAGUUAUAGAUAUUGAAUAUUAAAUUGAUAACAAGAAAAAACAUCCAUAACAAUGAUUUUUGAAAAUAACUAAGUUUAAGUAAAAAUUUUAUGAUGUAUGAAUCAUAAAUAUAUAUAAAUACAUAUAUUUUGUAUAAUGCAACUUAUGUUAUUUUUAAACUUCAAUAGACUAACCUAUUGUUACUUAAAACUUUUAUUUUUAAAUUUUUAUAAAUGUUAUUCAAUUUAUUAUAUGUGUGGGUCCUUAAUUGGGGAGAUAGAUUUGUGGAUAUAACGUAAACCAUUAUUUAUUCUGUAUGAAAUUUUGUUGUCUUGCAUUUUAACAAUUAUAAGUUUGACAAUUUGGAAAAAAAAAUCAAUAACAUACCUCAAUACUUUGAAAACUUUUUUCAGUAGCUUAGUAUAAACAUGUAUUCAUGAAUUAUUCAAAUGAUUAUCAUAGAAUAUUUUUUACACAUUUUUUACAAGUUUGUUUCUAUUAUGUGCUUUUUUUUGUAAAAACUUACUAAAAAUAUAAAAAUUGUAUACGUUAUUAUAGUAGUUUAAAAAUAA